UCCUUGCUGAACUCUUCGUAUACUUUUUAUCUCUCUCCAACGCACAUUUAUCUUAUUUUAAGUGUAGAAAGUACGAAGUAGUGCAGCUAGAAAUUAAACACAAGCGGACAAACCUUGUGUUCACUCGUGUUUACCUUUCUGUAAGCUUCCUAACCUAGCGUAAACCCUUUACUUGUAAUUUUACUGUUAAUUGAUUAUUUAUAAAUAAAUUUUAAUUGUACAGAUUACGCGGAAAGAAUACUGUGUAAGAAUGUAAUAUAAACUUCGUGCGUAAUUUUUUUGUAUAAACAUAAGUACAAAAUAUGUAUAUAUCUUUCUUAGGUUAUCCUAAGUGUAGUGUAUAAAUUUAAUAGAGAAUUUAUAAAAUUAAAUGUCUGUAAAAUGAGGACCGUAAAGCAAAAUUUUAUUUGCAGGCAAUAAUGUUAUGUAAAAUCAUUGAUUACUAGAAAUUAGUUGACUUUGUGACAACGCAGAACGAAAACUGUUUCAAGAUGUUGAAUCUAGUUUUAAAACAUCCUAUUGCUCUUAAAACAUUAUUAUCUCAAGUACGAUCUCUCCAUGGGAUAAGGCAAAAAUAUUUUGUAUGUGACAAGAAUAUAUUUUCAACAACAAUGGCUGUUAGAAUGUUUCUAAUGAGAUGCACAAGACUAUCUGAUGGAGCAACAAGGCCAACAAGUUUUCUUAAACCUAAUGGAUUACUACAAAAUUUACAACGUCGACAAAUGUCACAAUUGGAUGUAAACAUAAAUGUACAAAAUAAUGUGUUUUUAUAUAAAUAUGAGAAGCAUAAUUAUUACCGAAAUGUAAAAAUUUUUGGAGUUGGACAAUUGUUUGGUUGGUCAAUAUUGGCUUUUUAUACUUAUACACCAUCAUUUUGGGAUAUAUUCACUACUGACAUAAAGUUUAGAGAAUAUUGGAUGAAUCAUAUGUUUCGACUUAGCAUGUUUCUUUUCUCACUUUUGGCAGCUACUACCAUGACUCUUUUAAUUUAUGCUAUCUGCGCACGUAGCAUCAAGUAUAUCAUCUUAAAUAAAGGUGGUGAAACAUUGACAAUUGUUACUUAUCACUUCCGUAAGAAGAAAUCCACUCUAAAUUUACCAGUAGGAAUGGUAAAAUGCAGAGCAAAUAGAACGAGUACCGGAGUAACCUUACCACUUAAAAUAUUGGAUAAAAGUUUUUUCUACUUGGUUGAUAAACAAGGCACGUUUGUAAAUCCAAAACUUUUUGAUUAUGCAUUGGGAUAAUUUAAUUUUAUAGACAAAUAGUAUUAUUAUAAAUGUUUUCUUGCUAUAAUAAAUUGUACAGAUUUAUAAAAAAUUAUAUAUUUAUGUUUUAAAAUGUAAAAAAUAAAUACAUACUUAGAAUUAGCUCUUAUUAGAAAUGUUAAUAUAUCGAUACACUAAAUUGUGCAAAUUAUCAAGUUAACACUGAACAUUCUAUAUGUUAUUUUUGGGAAAAGUGAUUAUCUUUUGUACAGGUUUUAUAUUUAUAU